AUGGAAAAUGUGAAAUGGUAUCACGAAGUGAUAAACAAUAAUCAAAUGAUCUCUGAAAAUCCACUUCCUGAAUAUCCAACAUACGGUCAGGCUACAUCUGGUAUGGUAAAUGGUCAGUACUAUUUAUGUCUUCCAACAGGAACUACAUGUCCGACGUCAGGCACCGGUACUAUUGAUCCGAGAAUUGUAACACCAGUAGGCGCUGCUGUGGCUGCUACUACUACAGCUACAGCUACAUGUCCAACUGGAACUACGGCCUGUUUUGGUACAAAUACAGCUUGUGGAACAAGAUUUGUUACUGCAAAUACUUCCGCUUCUGGCACCGCGACUUAUGGAGCAUUUCCAUGGCAGGCUUACCUCAGAAAUACUACAAACGCUUAUUCAGGCAGCGGAGUGCUUGUUAGUCCUUAUUAUGUGAUUACAGCAGCACAUAAAGUUUAUUUAAAUGUGAACACACCGACAGCGGUAACAGUACUUAUGGGAGUGUACAACCCUACCAGUCUUGUAAAUGUUCAAAGUAGCACAGUAGCAAGAAUAGCUGUUCAUCCAAACUUCGUAGCUACUACCCUAUUUAACGAUAUAGCUGUCUUACAGCUAACGCAACCAAUCGUGCUUGGAAUUUAUGCCGAUAUUAAUACUGCGUGUCUUCCAGCUGCUGGAACUUCAUUUGUGGGACAAGCGAACACACCGACAGCGGUAACAGUACUUAUGGGAGUGUACAACCCUACCAGUCUUGUAAAUGUUCAAAGUAGCACAGUAGCAAGAAUAGCUGUUCAUCCAAACUUCGUAGCUACUACCCUAUUUAACGAUAUAGCUGUAUUACAGCUAACGCAACCAAUCGUGCUUGGAAUUUAUGCCGAUAUUAAUACUGCGUGUCUUCCAGCUGCUGGAACUUCAUUUGUGGGACAAGCGUGUGCUGUAAGUGGAUGGGGUCAAACGGGAUUUACAGUAUUUGAUGCACCAACUAACCCCCAAAAACAAGCUUUCGUUACCAUUGUUUCCUACGCAACGUGUAGAGCAUCAUUUGCUAUGGCAAAUCUUCUAGGUACAAACGUGGACACGUAUUUAGACCCAAACGGAGAAAUAUGUGCAGGAGGUGUCAGCAUGGUAGAUGCAUGCACGCAAGAUGGCGGUUCACCUUUGGUGUGUCCUUCUACAACCGGAGCUCAUAAUAUAGCUGGAUUAGUUAUAUGGGGUAAAAAUUGCGGCCAGACAGGAGUUUACGGAGUAUAUGUGAGCGUUCCCAAUUACACUACUUGGAUUCAAAGUCAAAUGACAACACCAGCUGGUUGA